GCCAUCUACUGUAGGGACCUGUAGCACUAAAGUAGAUUUCUAUUAUACCAAUUUGUCAUCAGUGAAAUCAAAAUAAACCAAGAAGUCAUUACAAUUUGUAAAUAAAUAAAUGUAACAUGUACAGCUGAUUAUAAAUUUUUUCAGGUUUAUUUCAAAACAUAAAAUGAGUAAAAAUCUGAAAUCACCAACAAAACUCACAGAGUUUGCUCCAUUACAAGCAGAGGAAAACAAGCCACAAAGUGUAAGUCAGUUUUUGAGCAGUUUUUUCAAAAAGUCCAAAAGCACUCCCCAAGAAGAAACUCCAGAGGCUACUGAAAAUGUCAGUCAGGAAUCGUUACCAACAUGGGCCCUAGACUCAUCAAGUGAAGCCUCCUAUAGUGGUAAUGGCCAUGAAUUUACAACUGUAUAUCCAGUAGAUGUUACCGAAGGCAGAAGCUUACCAAAUGUUUUGAAAAGAAUUAGUAAUCUUGUGGCAUUGAAAAGCUCUCAUCUUCAGGAUUAUGGUGAGACAGACCUCAAACAGUAUUGGAUGCCAGAUUCUGUUAGCAAAGAGUGCUAUGAUUGCUCUGAAAAAUUCACUACAUUCCGCAGGAGACACCACUGUCGCGUAUGUGGACAAAUAUUCUGCUCACAAUGUUGCAAUCAGCAAAUAACUGGGAAAAUAUUUGGAUGUACUGGUGAUUUAAGGGUAUGUAAUUAUUGUUGUAAAGUGGUUGCAUCCUAUUUAAAGUCACCAGAUGUCAAUGCAGAUCUCUCCACUGAUUUAAAAGAUCUAUUGGAGAACCUUGAAUCAAAAUUUAAAUUAUCAAAUACAAGUUUACAUGAGGAUUGUGAUUCACAAUGUUUGAAUACAAACCAAUCUGAAGGAAGUCUUGCAAAGAGGAAAAUUUCAGUUGGAUAUCAAGAAGAAAGGUUUGCUGUUGGAAGCUCUAGUGUGAUAUACCUGACAUCAGAAGAAAAAUUCAGAGCUUUACAAAACUCCGUCUCUCUGCGUAACCUCUUUGAAGAGCUGUGCAAACCAACAGUUGGCCUCCAGUUUGAAACUCACAGAGUCCGUCUGAAAACAUACAGUGAAUGUGUGUUAGGAUCCGACAUUGUGGAUUGGUUGAUUUUUCAACAAAAAGCUAAGAACCGAGUGCAAGCUUCAGCAAUUUGUCAAGCUCUUUUAGAAGGCGGUUACAUAGAGUCUUUGUCUGAGCCGCAAGCUUUCAUAGAUGGAAAUGUAAUCUACAGGAAAGGUGUAGUUUUGUCGCCUGAGAUACCUAAAUUAUCCGCUUUGGAGCCUCCAUAUCAAGAGGAACCUAGUUGGGUGCAACAGAUACCACAAGAGAGUAGCACUACAGAUUCUGAUAAUGAACAGUUGUCUCCAAUAAACAUAUCUCAAGGAAACAUUACAUCUUCAUCUUCAUAUAUGUUGGACUUGAACUUGGAAGCUAGUACCGUUUAUUUGUCGCGACCUCCAGAUAUUGGGUUCAAAUCUCCAGAUGCUAUAGAAGUGAAACAUAAAGAACAGGAAGAAACUGCUAUUAUUAGACCUUCAGAAAGGUUAGAAGCAGCACCUGCAUCAGGGUGGUUCAAAGCAUCAAAUCUAAGAGAAGAAAAUGAUGAAAAAUUGGCAUAUGAGUUGCUUACUGAUGCAUAUGAUCAACACGAGCAGUGCUUGCUAAAACAGCUUCUUUCCUCCAGAGGACUAUCUUUAUCUUGGGUUGACAUAAUCACGCCUUUGAUACAUGAUAUAAUUGCUGUGAUUAGCCCUGAUGCUAAUCAUGAUGCAGUUGACCUAGACAUAAGAAACUAUGUGAAGCUUAAAAUCCUCUCUGGACGUCAUAGAACAUAUACGACAUUGGUAAAAGGAAUAGUUUGUAGCAAAAAUGUUGCUCACAAACGUAUGGCAACUGAUAUUGAAAACCCAAAGAUAUUACUUCUUCAGUGUUCCAUUGUAUACCAAAGAACUGAAGGCAGAUUGAUGUCUCUUGAACCAGUAUUAAUGCAGGAACAUGAAUACCUGCGUCAUGUUUCGGCCAGGAUCGUGGCUCUACGACCAGAUGUCGUUUUGGUGCAACGAAACGUUUCUAGAUUGGCUCAGGAUUUUCUCAGGGAGCACCAGAUCGUAUUAGUACACAAUGUGAAGAGGUCUGUGCUAGAGAGGUUGGCUAGGUGUACUAACGCUGAUUUGGUCACUGCUGUGGAUGCCCAUAUUGGAAGGCCAAAGUUAGGCACUUGCAAGAGGUUCCAUGUUGAGAACUUUAACAUUGACAGAGGUGGCAUGAAAACUUUGAUGUUCUUCGAGGGUUUGCCAUCUUCCCAUCUAGGAGCUACAGUGCUUCUUAGGGGAGGUUCUAGAGCUGAACUAGCCCAAGUCAAGCAGGUAUGUUCCCUGCUACUCUUUGCAGCAUACAAUUGGCGCCUGGAGAAAUCGUUUCUCAUGGACGAGUUUGCUAUGCCUCCAAAUCCAAGUUGCGAAUUCCUAGAUGACAGUAGCAAAGAAAAUUCUCCAGGAUUCAUGGACUCAAAACGAGACAGAGAUACCUACGCUCAGGAUGAAGACAAGAAGGAGGAAAAGGUUCAAAUCAGGAGGAGUCACAAAGAGGACAAAAUUGAUCAGAGUGAAAGUAAAAAAAUCACUGCAGAAAAAGUAGAAGACUUUACCGACCCCUUGCAUUCCUACAAAUCUGAUGAAGACCCAAACCUAAGAAAGAAAAGUUUUGUGGAUCUGAAAGUUGCUGAGUUACCAUUCGCUAACCACUUUCGGAAAGCUCUGGAUGAUUCGAUUCUGUGCCUGUCGCCCUAUAUUGUUUUUCCGGUUCCGUAUUUGGAACUGGACGCCGGAAAGAAGUGCAAACUUAGAGAGUUUUUCCCCAAGGAUAUCUACUUCUAUGAACAGUCGAGCUUCAGCAAAAAAAAUAAGUGGAAAGAGGCGGAGAACUUUAAGGAAAGUGAGGAGAACAAGAAGAAUUUGAAACCAUUACAUCCGUUUCUUACUACUAAUAUAACUAGUGUGGACAACGUUCAAACUCAAAAUUUAUUGGCGCAUUUUAGAGCUUGUGGAGGAAGAUAUGAAAAGAGAGAAAACAUCUGUAAGCCGGAGAAAAAAGCGGAAGACCAGUCGAAUGCUGCGGAGGAAUCUAAAGAUGCUUUAGAUCCAAAAAAUCAUCAGAGGCUAGCUGUGUUGUUUUGCAGUUUUAGCUAUGAAUCGAAUAACAGCCCUGCAUUUUGUGUAAAUCCAUGGGUAGUUUAUAUGGAUUUUUAUGGAAGAAAUGAUAUUCCACUUGGAUGCUUCUUGGAGCGUUAUUGCUUCCGUCCUACGUAUUAUUGCCCAUCAGAGACCUGUGGUACUCCUAUGGAAAAUCAUAUAAGGAGAUUUGUCCACAAUACGGGCUGUGUAAGUGUCUACCUUAACCACUACGACAGCGAAUUCAGCAGCGAGGAGCACAUUGUAACAUGGACAUGGUGCACCAAGUGCCAGUGCGUCAGUCCAGUGGCGCCGCUGUCAGCAGACAGCUGGUCGUACUCGUUCGCUAAGUACUUGGAGCUCAAGUACUACGGGGAUAUGUUCGGGCGUCGAGGACCGGCCGCAUGUUCGCAUAGCCUGCAUCAUGAUCAUUAUCAAUAUUUCGGGUACAAGAACUAUGUAGCUUCCUUCAAGUAUUCUGCGAUUAAUAUCUGGGAUAUCUCACUUCCCCAACGUUGAUCCUGAUCUACUACACUACUUCCAAACUCCACACUCAGUUAAUUGAUGAGAUCAGAGUGAUGUCUCAGAAGGGGCACGAGAUAUUUGCCUUCAUCCAUGACAAGCUCGCGGGUCUGUCAGAAGAAUCAGAUUCGAACACCGUGUUCAGGCAGACAUUGACCAAUGAGCAGGUUCAGUUCAAGCAAAAAGUGGAAAAAGUACAAAUUAAGUUAACCUCUCCAACUAUUGAAAAUAAGGAGUUCGAUGAAAAAGAAGUGCGUUACGCUUAUUGCCAAGUAUUAGACGACGUCAUAAGACUGAAAAGAUCAAUUGUUGAAACUAUAGAAACUUGGAACGCCAGGCUAAAUGAUCUAACAAACAAAAAGAAGGAUAGUGAUAAGAAGAAGGAAAAAAACACUUCUACUGAAAUUGAAAAGUCUGUGGAGGAUACACAAGAGUCGCAAGAGCCUACUAAUAUACAAAUAGAGAAGGAAACACCAAAUACAUUGUCAAAAAAAAUUAAAAGCUUAGAUAGUGAUAGCGAUUCUGUGCCUCCAUCUCCAAAGAGUCAUCAUAGAUCACAGUCUGAUGGGACCGUCAUAUCACAGGUUGAAGAAUCUACAGAUAGUAAGAAAGAAGAAAAAAAAUAUAAGAAUAUUUUGUCCCAUUUGUUGCCAUCUUCAGUGAAUUCCACAUUGAUACCGUCUCCGUUCAGCAGUCAAGAACAUUAUCUGCUACCAGAAUUUUCUGUUCCUAUAGUAGUUUACGAAAAUGAACCAAGCUCUAUAGUAGCAUAUACACUUAGCUCAAGCGACUAUAAGAAAUCUUUUGAGGAGCUCGUGACGAAGAAGAAUCAGAACAAUGAUCAAACGCAAAGUCCUUUAAGUAAAAGGAAGGGGCAGAGUGAUAAGGAUAGAAAUGAAGAUGAUAAGAGUUUGAGUAUCUUGGGUUUUUUGAGAAAAGAAAAGGACUCAAAGACUGAACCUAAUGUUCAAACUACAAAUAAUACCGAAACUGUCACCGAGCAAACUACGGCUACGACAGAAAAGUCCGAGCAUCCAAAGAAAAAUCGUAACACCCACAUUGAGGUGCAGUUCGAAGACUCAAACUGCAACUUUUUCUGUAGAGUAUACAUGGCGGAAAAGUUCGCCGCUCUUAGAUCGAACUUUCUGCCCAUAGGAGAGGAGGAAUACAUAAGAUCUUUGUCACGAUCUGCACAGUGGAAUGCUAGAGGAGGAAAAUCUGGAUCAAAUUUUGCUAAAACAGCAGAUGACCGCUUCAUAUUGAAAGACAUGUCCAAGAAUGAAGUUCAGCUAUUUUUGGAAAAUGCUGCCAAUUAUUUCGUCUACAUGAACAAAUGUUUCACGACUAGACAACCAACAUUAUUGGGAAAAUAGUGGGGAUUUACCAAAUUGUUUUCAAAAACAAUAAUAAUGUGCCUCAUAGAAGUAACCUAUUAGUAAUGGAAAAUCUGUUCUAUAACAGGACAGUGAAACAGAAGUUUGAUCUUAAAGGAUCCGUUAGAAAUAGGUUGGUCGUACCUGAUAAUCAGGAGGGAGAAAUUGUGCUAUUGGAUGAAAAUUUGUUGAAGUUAACGUGUGACUCGCCUUUAUACAUCUUACCACAUUCCAAGUCUGUAUUGAUGUCUGCUAUACAAAACGAUACAGAGUUUUUGGCAACUCAAACUGUAAUGGAUUACUCUUUGCUGGUUGGCCUAGAUGAGCAAAAUAAGGAGCUUGUGCUUGGAAUCAUAGAUUAUAUAAGAACGUUCACGUGGGACAAAAAAAUAGAGACGAUUGUGAAAAAGAGUGGUUUACUGGGUGGACAAGGUAAACUGCCAACAAUAAUAUCACCUGAUGAUUACCAGAAAAGGUUCAUCGAAGCCAUGCACAGGUAUUUCUUGGAGGUCCCAGAUCACUGGGCUGGCUUAGGAAAAGGCCUGGAUCUGUAAAAUCCAAGACUUUAUUUCAUUAUUAUUAUUAUUACAUUGUAGGUAGUACAUUUUUUAAUAUGUUUUGAGAUUACUUUAUCAAAGUAUGGAGGAUGUGUUGAAAUGGGCUUUACCUUAUACUAGUGAAUAUUGUAUAUAUUUUUAGUUGCUCAUUAAGAUGACAAAUUUUGCAUUAUAGUAUUUCUACCUUCGUCAUGUAAACGAGAUAUUUAGCGCGAAAUAUAUUUUACUGGUCGCCCAUGAUAUAAUCUCAUAUACUUUUUGAGUUAGCCCGUUCGAAACGCUUGACAUAGUCUUCAAAAAAAAUUCGCUCUGCCUGUGAGCCAAAAUAAACGCAUGUACAUAUAAGUAUAUAGUGCAUUUUCCUUUCUGUGUGCAAACGCUUAGUUGUGAUAUCAUUUUGAUUCCAAAUGAAAAGGUAUUUAUAUGUAUAAAACAUUUUAUUUUUAAAAUAUAUACUGUUUUCAUAAAAUACA